UGCACUUGGCAAGUGCAACAAUUAUACUGCACACAUUGUUUAUCAACACUAUAAUGGCCACCAACACCCGUCAGGUUUUGAGUCUUUACAAAGCAAUGCUACGAGAAUCACAGAAAUUUUCAUCAUAUAAUUUCCGUAAUUAUGCCCUUAGGAAAAUUCAAGACUCAUUUAGAAUUAACAAAGAAAUACAAGAUCCAAAAAUAAUUGCAGAGAAAAUAAAAGAAGCAAAACACAACCUGGAGAUUAUCAAAAGACAAGUCAUUGUUGGACAAAUGUAUGCAACUGAUAAGCUAGUCAUUGAACACACAAACAGAUAAGGCUUUAAGAAAAUACAAAUUGUUAAUAUCAACUCCAAUAUAAUAGUUUACGAUUUGUUAAUUAACGCGCUGGAUUCUCGUUGUUUUCUUUCAAGAAUCGCGUUGAAUGAACUUACUUUCUAAGCACUUCUAUGUUUCUCACAAUCCCCUUGCCAUAGAUAUAGAAAUCUUCCUCACUGAUGUCAGACUCCAAUUUAUUUUGCGCCGAGAGUUUCCGACCAUGUGCCGUAGAAAUCUGAGUUUAAAAUAUGUAUUUUUGUAAAUAUAGUGGUUUGUAAGUUAUAA